ACUGUUGAAAAUAAAAGAUAAUUUAUUUUUUAGACCAUGAUUUAAAUGUCAAAAUUACAUAUUUGUUUUAGUCCUGAACUGGACCUUCAACGCCUCACAUACACAUAAGCUCUCUCCGCAGGAUUCCACAGGCUCUUAGCUCUAAAGAGUCAGCAACACCUCGUGCCACGUCCCAACUGUGCAGGAACCAUGUGGUAUUCCAUUAGAAACAAUCAGCGGAUGGCUUUGAUCAAACAGGGCUACAAAAUCCUAGCCGAGUACCGGCUGGUGCAGGACCACUUGAAGAACAUCUACGCCAUUCCCAGUUAUGCCAGUGGACUGCACUGGUUCGGAGUGAUAUUCGUGCACAGUGGAAUCUAUGCGGGGAGCAUGUUUCGCUUCUCGAUAUUGUUGCCGGAAAACUUUCCCGAUGACACCAUCCUGCCCACGGUGAUCUUCAAUGCGGCGAUCUUCCAUCCGCACAUCUGUCCGCACUCUAAGAGCCUGGAUCUGGGGCCCUGCUUUAAGGAGUGGCGCAAGGAUCAGCACCACAUUUGGCACCUACUCCGGUAUAUUCAGGCCGUUUUCGCCGAUCCCGAGGGCAGUAUCUGCACUGGAAAGUCCCCAUCCGGCGAUCUUGUCGUCCUCGAUGAGGUAAACAACUUGGAGGCCCUCAACAUGCUGGCCAAGAGCCGGCCGGAGUACAUAAAACGGAUUCAGGAACUGGCCAUAUCCUCCCGUAGGCAUAUGUACGACAAACCCAUGAUCGAAGACCCGCACUAUAUCAUUGUGGAGCCUUACUGCGCUGAGCGGCAUCUGAGGUUCAUGGAGCAGCUGAAGAGUCCCAGCUGGCGGGAGGCCACAUGUGAGGAUGAUUCCCCGCCUGCGGAGCUCCUGGGUCACAUCGAUUCCUCCAGGCAGCUGGACGAGGAUGAGGCCAAUCAGCGGGGGAAGCUUCAAGCCGCUACUACGGAUCUUCAGCAUGGGGCUAGGUGUUCAGUGGCACAAUGAAAGGAAGCUGAAACAUGUCAUGAACAAACACCAAUACUAAAUAAAUUUAAUAAAUUUUAA